AUGGCUGAGAGAAAGAAGCCUUCAGGAGCUCAAUAUCGUAAACGAAAAGUUGAACAGCAGAGGGAACAAGAAAAACAGAAGGGUUCAUUGCUAAAGUUUAUAUGCCGACAAGACUCUACUAAAGAGGAUAGUAAUGGUGGACAGAUUCCCACUGAUAUGGAAGCUGAAGAAAUAUCUAAUGUUGUUGAUAAUGAUAAUGUGAUGAUGAGUGAAACACUUUCUUACUCAACAGUUCCCGUUUCCCAUGCAGAUAAUGGCCAAUUGAAUAAUUCUCUCGAGGAACAUGUACAGCAAGCAAGUGAAGAAAAAACGGAUAAUGUUAUUUCACAGGAUCCAGCACUUUGGCCUCUACUAAUUAAUCAUAAUACACGUGCAAUCAUUGUAGAACGUGGACCUCAGCAAAUAAAAGAUAUCAGUUUCCCAAAUGAUAAAAACAAUCGAAAGUUUUCAGUAUUUCACUACUUAAGAAAACUUCCUAAUGGAAAAGAAUUAUGUCGCAGCUGGCUCUUGUAUUCAGUAUUAAAAGACUCAGUGUUUUGUUUCUGUUGCAAACUGUUCAGUAUGAAAGCAAUUGGCAUACCAUCACUAACUCAUACAGGUUCAAGUGACUGGAAAAACAUGGCGGCAAUUCUUUCUUCCCACGAGAAAAGUCCUGAACAUUUGCAGAACUAUCAAAAGUGGAAAGAACUACAUCAGCGAUUACAGAGGGAUAGUACAAUAGAUGCAGAAAUUUUGCGCAAGAUGAAGAAUGAAAAAAAGUAUUGGCAGCAAAUACUAAAGCGUUUAAUAGCAUUAGUGAGAGUUUUGGGUGAACAGAAUCUAGCUUUUCGCGGUACAAAUGAAACAUUGUACAGUGCCAAUAACGGGAAUUUUUUAAAAUUUGUGCAAUACUUAGCCAUUUUUGAUCCAUUAAUGAACGAACAUCUACGAAAGAUAUCAAAUAAAGAGCUUCAUACACACUAUCCUGGCAAAGAUAUAUAA